UGUUCCUCUGCCUUGGUUCCACCACUUCAAUUGACUUCGAUGGCUCGCGAAGUCAUCGAAAUACCCUCCUCACCUGAGGCCUCGCCAGAAGUUCGCGCAAGAAAGCCAGCUCCACCAGGGAGAGCUAUUCGGGCGUCGACACUAUCAUCAUUAUUGAUUCAGACGAAGAAGACCGCGCUCAACGCCAGACGCGUGAUCGCAAUGCUGUCGCUGGGUCUUCAAAGAAGAAAGAGAAUCUUGCUCCUUUGACGCGUAGGGCCGGAUCUUCCUCCCGGUCUGCCGAUAACAUACCCGGCAAACGGGGAGGAAAGAACAAGCCGGAGCCUUUGUUUCUUCCAAGCGACGAGGAGAACGAACCGCCGCCACCAACGACCCAAACACAGCUGACGAGGAGGAGCAUGAGGCUGUCGGCGGAACGAGAUUUCCGGCGCCGCCCCCUGAUCCGGUGCAUAUUUAUGUGGCCCGCGUUCUCGAAAUCGUACCGGACGUACUCGAAGAACACGCGUUAUCUCUCGUCCGGAAGCAUCUCAAGACCGCUGGAAAUGGUUUGAUAGAAACUGUGAUCCAUGCACUUUUCGAGAAUCCGACUUAUCCGCGAGCGGACAGCAAAGGCAAACGUCGUGCACAGCCCAAUGAAUGUGACACGCAAGGGAAACGAGUGAAACUUGACUACUCUAGCACUGAGAGGGCUAUAAGGGUGGGGUUGACUACGAGCAACUUGCCAUGGAUCAACUCUCGCUGGAUUUCCCGCUCAUUCCCAGAAUGCAUAUCCGACUUUCCUUACUUGACCACCGUUCACUUUACGCGCCGACCUAUCUAUUUCUGGAGAAAGAACAGUCCUCCGAAGCUCUUCCUUAUACACAGAAGCGCAUCCCGACUAGACCUGCGGCGAAAGGCAAGCGGAGGGCCACUCAUGAUGAAGAAUUCGAGAAGGAGAGAGAGUGGAUCUUAUCCCGUGGAGGAGCUGCGAUGACUCCGGUGCUAACUGAAGCUUCGGGUGAAGCUGAGAUUGAAUGCGGAUGCUGUUUCACCGACUCUCCCUUUGACAAGAUGAUCCAAUGUCCAGAUGCACAUCUGUUCUGUACGGAAUGUAUGACUAGCUACGCCGAAAACCUGCUCGGCUCGCAUGACCACAAAAUCAUCUGCAUCGAUCAAUCUGGCUGUAAAUUGGCUUUCACGGUCGCGGAACUACGACGCUUCUUGACGCCUCAGCUGUUUUCUCUGAAAAGCUCUUCACUUGUCGUAACGAGGAUUGCGCCGCGGUCAGGUGACCACCUACUUGGCUUUGUCGUUUCUUCUCAUGCUGAUCUCCAUCAAGUUGUAGACAGUGCAAGCAGCUGGUACAAAAGCGCGACGGAUCUGGCUAUGUUUGCUUAUAAGAUGACAGAGGUUCAAGACGAUAAAAAGUUGGAUGCACGUCAUGAAAUCGAGGAAGCAAUGACACGCGCGUUGAUGCGCAAUUGUCCACGGUGCAAUAAAGCGUUUGUCAAAGACCACGGAUGCAACAAAAUGACUUGUCCAUUUUGUCACACCAAGUCAUGUUACCUGUGCCGCAAAGUUAUCACCGGCUAUGAUCAUUUCUUGCCACAGUUUCCGAUGCAACCUGGUGGCGUUGGUCCAAGUAGAGUAGACGGCAAAUGUGUUCUUUGGGAUCCGGUAGAUCAGCGCCACGCUGAAGAGGUCGGUCGUGGCUUUUCCUCCACUGAAUGCCUAUUCAAUUAUUCCUUGAAGGUCAAGCAAGCAAGAGAUAGAGCUUUGAAAGAUUUCCGACGACAUAAUCCUGACACUGAUGACGAACAUCUGCAAGUGGAUUUGCCCGUCGCUCCGCGGGCAAUAGAUCCUGUAGCCCAUCCAGCCCAUCCUGUUGCCCCCGGUUUCGGAGGAGCUCAUCGCGGGAUGGGUCAACAUGGUUUUCCCCAUCACAUGGUGGCACCACAGCCAAUGGUUCACAACAAUCAAAUGGCCCAAAUCCAGGCUCAAAUCCAUGCGAAUAUGGCACAGUUGCGCGCUCAAAUGUUGGCAAUGCAGCCGCCAUUGCCACCGGUCCGCAGAGCGCCCAGGAGACGAACUUAA